GAGCACAGCCAACGAAAAUGUGGCAAGUUCCAAAAAGUCUAGAGGCGUGAAUUGCGAACAAAGCCUUAUUUAUGCGCCCCAAAGCCAAAGCCAAACCCAAACCUUUAUCCCGGAGCCGAGGGAAGGCCCCAUCUCGUCUUCGCUUCGUUGAUCAGUGCAUCCCCACUUUUCUUUUCGUUUUCAUUCUGAUUCUCCUCCACUUCUUUCUUCUUCACUACUUCUUCUCAUCCCCACCAGAAUCGAAGAAACCCUAGAAACUAGAAUUCCGAUUCUCGCUCUCUGAUGGCCGCCACCACCACCACCACCACCCCCAGUCUCGGCGACGGUGCUGAUGAUCGACUCCUAGCCACGGCUCAGCAGAUCGUCAGGAGCCUCAACACUCCCAAGGAGGUUCGUGAGGACAUGCUUUUGAUCUUCUCUAGCUUCGAUAAUCGCCUCUCCAGUAUUACCGAUCUCAUCAACGGCGAAGAUUCCAAGUCUUCUGCGGCUGAAGAAGACCUUGACCGCUUCCAAGCUGCUGAGAAAGUCAUCCUUCGCUGGGACUCGUCCGGUUCUGGGGCAGCUUCCCGCCAAUCCAACUCGCUUCUCCACUGUCGGGAUGACGUUAUCGAGUACUUAUCUGCGGUAGACGACAUUGUUCACUGGAUUGAACAAAUUUCGAUCGCACCCUCCUGUAAAGAGACUCAAAUCCUGAUCGACCGGGCGGAUAACGCGAUCCAGCUUGCCAUGUCGAGGCUAGAGGACGAGUUGCGACAUGCCUUGAUUAGGAACACGGUUCCACUUGACGCUGACAGGCUCUAUGGGUCGAUCAGAAGGGAUAGUCUCUCGUUCUCAUCGAAUUAUGGGGGGCUUGGUGAGAAUUUUGAAAGCUUCGAUGAGGUCAAUGAUUGCGAUUCUGCGCGGUUUCAUGAACGAGGUGCGAGCUUGGCCGACGAUGUCUUCGUUGAUUUGAUAAAUCCAGAAGGGGUGGAAGAGCUGAAAGAGAUUGCUGACCGAAUGCUCAAGUCUGGCUACGAUAGGGAGUGCCUUCAGAUUUAUAGCAAUAUUCGUCGUGACGCCUUGGAUGAGUGCUUGGCUAUCCUGGGUGUCGAGAGGCUAAGUAUCGAAGAGGUUCAGAGGAUUCAGUGGGAUCUGUUGGACGAGAAAAUGAAGAAAUGGAUAUACGCUGUUAAAAUUGUUGUCAGGGUGCUCCUCUCCGGCGAGAAGAAGCUAUGUGAUUGUAUAUUUGAAGAAUACAGCGAUGUCUGUUUCAACGAGACUGCAAAAGGGUGUAUUAUGCAGUUGUUGAAUUUUGGUGAGGCCGUUGCAAUCAUUCGAAGAGCACCGGAGAAGUUGUUCAGGAUAUUAGAUAUGUACGAGGCUUUAGGGGAUGUGUUCCCUGACCUGGAGGCUUUGAUUUCAGAUGAGUUUGUGAUUAUUGAGGCCAAAGGAUUGCUAACCGUACUCGGCGAGGCAGCUAAAGGUUCAUUUGCUGAGUUUGAGAAUGCUGUUCGUAAUGAGACUUCCAAAAGGCCAGUCUUAACUGGUGGUCUUCAUCCAAUGCCACGUUAUGUGAUGAACUACAUGAAGUUGCUAAUGGAUUAUGGUGACUCUCUGGACUCACUCUUAGAAGUAAGUGAAGAGGAUCUUGAUCGAUUUCAAAAGAAUCAUGGCGGUGACAGUUCUCAGUUGGAGACCAUGUCCCCCUUGCAUCAGAGAAUGCUGUUUUCAAUGUCAGAGCUUGAGUUUAAUCUUCAGGAAAAAUCCAGAAUCUAUGAAGACAGUGCAAUGCAGUAUAUAUUUUUGAUGAACAAUAUUUAUUACAUUGUGAAAAAAGUGAAAGACUCAGAUCUUCGUAACGUCCUAGGGGAUGACUGGGUUCGAAAGCGCCGUGGUCAGAUACGCCAGUAUGCUACAGCCUAUCUCAGGGCCUCUUGGACCAAGGCAUUGACUUGUUUGAAGGAUGAAGGGAUUGGAGGGAGUUCUAGUAAUGCCUCAAAGAAUGCUUUGAAGGAAAGGUUCAAGAAUUUCAAUGCAUGCUUUGAGGACAUAUACAGGGUUCAGACUGCUUGGAAGGUUCCAGAUGCUCAGCUUCGGGAAGAAUUACGAAUUUCUAUAUCAGAGAAGGUGAUUCCUGCAUACCGCUCGUUUGUGGGAAGGUUUAGUAGUCAGCUAGAUGGAAGGCAUGCUGGGAAGUACAUUAAGUAUACAGCUGAGGAUUUAGAAAGCUAUUUAUUAAACUUAUUUGAAGGAGAGCCUAAAGUGUUGCACAACGUGAGGAGAAAGAGUACAUAGGAUAUAGGAUUUUCAUAACAGGUGAAUUGCGUUUACCGGGAAUAUUUGGAAGCCAUUUCUUUUGUUAUGUGUAUCCUACAUCUGGAUAGGUGUCUAUUUUCGAGGUCCUUAAAUCGCUGGACCUCGUCAAACUCAACUCGUUUCCUGUCCGUCCCCUAACAACCAAAAAAGAACACAGCACAACUGUUUGCUAUAUCUGUACGCUUGUGACGGUAAUAGUAUUCUGUAUAUGAGCUAUAAACUAUAGUUUGACA